AUAACCAGCAGUUAUAGUUUCUUAUCACUUUUACAAAAAAAUCAAGACUAGACUGGUUAGAAAUCGUCCAACCAACAUUUGGUUUCUUCUAGUUUACGCUGCUGCGUAUGCUGUACGUAACAGCGUUCUUUUCCUCUGGGGUGUCUACUUGUUUAUUCCAAACCACGAUUUGUGUUGCACGUGGAACUACUAAAAAUUUUCCUUGGGCCUGACAUGCAAGCAGCGGAAAUGGAGUUCCCUCGGUUGGAACUAAUGGUAGCAGCCGACACAAAUCUUGGUAUCGGGAAAGAAAACAAAAUGGCGUGGCACCUGCCAACUGAAUUUUCGUACUAUCGGCGAAUGACUACGAGUCCUGCACCUGGAUCCAACGGUAAGGUCCAUGCCUCUAUCUUCGCCACGAAAACAUGGCAGUCCAUCCCGCAGGAAAUGAAACCUUGGGGCAAUACCAUAUGCUUCGUUCUGAGUCGUUCUAUGACGGCCAAAGAUGUGCAAGGCUAUAGCGACGUUUACAUCCAUUCAACUCUUGAAGAUAUAAUUGCUCACAUUCGUCUGCCUGAGAUGAAAAAACGUAUUGAUCGUGUCUGGAUGCAUGGUGGAGCCUUUGGUUACCAAGAAGCUCUUCGUUCAAAGCAUUUUUACCGAAUAUACCAUACCAAAAUUCAUGCUGAAUUUCAGUGCGAUGUUUUCUUCCCACAUUACGACGAAAAUCGACUAAAGUUGGUUCACGAUCCCGACGUCCCUCAAGGGAUCCAAGUAGACCGUGGCAUCAGUUACCAAGUGCACGUUUACGAAACUAUUGGUGUCUGCCCUUUAAUCGAAGACUUUGCUCGUUGAACUUUGGUUUUACUGUAUGUGUUCGUCUGCAAAAGAAAGACGAUAUUUGAUUUUUUAAAAUGCUGAGUCAUAAUGAAAUUUUUUUUGUAU